GAUGGCUAUUAGUGAUCAAGAGCAGAGCAAAGUUCAGUCACCACGGCUGACUUUCUGGCCAAUCUUGGCCCAGAAGGCGGGGGAUGGAAAGCGUGCAAGAUGAUACAUUAUGUUCUCCAGAGCCUCGCCGAGCAGUCCAAGUCCGCAGAGGACGGCGAGCGGUUCACGGAACCGGAGCAUAGCACACACUCGGACGGGCAAAGAUGGUCUCAAUUAAAUCGCCGUCUCUGACGCACAUGUCGCACGCGCAGGUUCUGUUGGUCGUGUGCGGCGUCAGCUUCGCCUUCCUCGUCGUGCUGCUCCUCCGUCAGCUCGUCAAGCAGAGGAGACCCCCGGGAUUCCCCCCCGGGCCUUCUCCCAUCCCUGUCAUUGGGAACAUUAUGUCUCUGGUCACCGAGCCGCACGUUUUCCUCAAGAAGCAGAGUGAAGUUCACGGACAGAUUUUCAGUCUGGACCUUGGAGGGAUCUUGACUGUGGUGCUGAACGGCUACGACUGCGUCAGGGAAUGCCUUUAUCAUCAGAGCGAGGUUUUUGCCGACCGGCCAUCCUUGCCUCUCUUCAAGAAAAUGACGAAAAUGGGUGGUCUUCUCAACUGCAAAUAUGGCAAGAGCUGGAUCGAGCACCGCAAGUUGGCAUGCAACUCGUUCAGGUACUUCGGCAGCAGUCAGAGGCUGUUUGAGAGGAAGAUCUCGGAGGAGUGCAUGUUCUUCGUGGAUGCCAUUGACGAGCACAAGGGCAAGGCCUUCAACCCCAAACACCUGGUGACCAACGCCGUCUCCAACAUCACCAAUCUGAUCAUCUUCGGCCAGCGCUUCACCUACGACGACAGCAAUUUCCAGCACAUGAUCGAGAUCUUCAGCGAAAACGUGGAGUUGGCAGUGAGCAGCUGGGCCUUCCUCUACAAUGCCUUCCCUUGGAUUGAGUAUGUGCCCUUCGGGAAACACCAAAAGCUUUUCCGCAAUGCGGCUGAGGUGUACGACUUCCUGCUACAAGUCAUCAAGAGGUUUUCUCAAGGACGGGUGCCGAAUAUACCGCGGCAUUACGUUGACGCCUAUUUGGAUGAGUUGGAGCAGAAUGCGGGAAACCCCGAUUCGUCGUUCUCCUACGAGAACCUCAUCUACUCGGUGGGGGAGCUAAUCAUCGCGGGCACCGAGACCACCACAAACACCCUGCGCUGGGCCAUGCUCUACAUGGCCCUCUACCCCAAUAUACAAGAAAGGGUGCACAGGGAGAUUGACAGCGUGCUGGCAAAUGGGCGAGCACCCUCUUUGGAAGACAAACAGAAGAUGCCCUUCGUGGAAGCCGUCCUGCAUGAGGUUCUGCGUUUCUGCAACAUUGUCCCACUCGGCAUUUUCCGCGCCACCUCCCAGGAGGCGCAUGUCAAUGGCUACACCAUUCCCAAAGGCACCAUGGUGAUCACCAACCUGUACUCAGUGCACUUUGAUGAGAAGUACUGGUUGGAUCCCGGCGUCUUCUCACCACAGAGGUUCCUGGACAGCAAUGGUAACUUCGUGAGACGUGAAGCCUUCCUGCCAUUCUCGCUGGGGAGGCGUCACUGUCUCGGUGAGCAACUGGCCAGGAUGGAGAUGUUUCUGUUUUUCACUACUUUGCUCCAGAGGUUCCACCUUCAGUUCCCCCCCGGAAGCGUUCCCACAGUAGCACCCAAAUUGGGCAUGACCUUGCAACCCAAGCCUUACUCCAUCUGCGCCCUCCGCAGGCAGCACAAAGACACUCCUUAUCACAACCCUUCCUUCUCAGGGCAGCGUCAGGUCAGACAAAUGACAGACGUCAUUUGGAGCUGCGGGCUCAAUCGACACUUUCCAAGAACAUUCCGCACACGGCACGCUUUGGCUGGACAUGAGCUGGCUUUACAUCAUCUGGACUGAUUUCGUACACCUCUUGGGAGAGCUCUUUUUGGAAAAGCUUUCUCUUGGAAAGCCUAUGUAAAAGCUGGUGGAUUUCUUGAAAUCACUUAUUGUCCUUCAUGGUGCUUGUCAGUACUUACAAAGUACUUCAUCUAGAUGUUUUUUGUUUGUUUGUUUGUUUGUUUGUUUUUGAAUAUUGGUGUUUUUAUGUGUUCAUUAAGUACUUGCUUAACAACAAAAGGCAUACUUUCUGCUUUGUAUUUCCAUUUUGAAUAUUUUGGAUGCAAUACUUGAAGAAUCAAAGGAUUACUGAGAGCCACAACAUAGUUAAGAGGAAUUUCUAUGUUGACUUGAGACUUGGUUUGUUUUGGUUUGUCUGAAUACAAAAAAAUAAAUUAAUAAAUAGAUAAAGGCCCAUAUUGAUGCUAAGUGUCUGUGUAACGUUUAUGAGUGACUGUAUGGAUGACUGGAAUUUUCUUAGGAGAGUACAAAAAUUGUACUUAACAGUGCUGUCACUUUUGAUCAGAGGAAAAAUGAUUACUUGAGUCAUUAGUCAGUGGGAAAAAAAAUAAUGUAGUGAGUAAAUGGUAAGUAACCUAUGAUGUUUUAGUAUUUUUUAAUCAGAGCAGGAACGUCAAGUAGACAAAAAUAUAUGAUAAUAAGAAUGCACAACUUCAGAUAUUGCUCAAUUAAUUAUUGAUUAAGUUGAUAAUUGAUUAGUGGUUGAUUAAUCGUUGCAGCUCUACUUUCUAAAGUUCGAAUUAUAAUUCUUGUAGGCUGUUGACACACGACAGCCUGAUGCCAUACAUUAGCUGUUCUUUUUUCAAAGUCUCUAAGGUCAACAUAGAUUGAAUGUCAGGCCAGGGACAUUGUGCCUCCUCUGACUGCAAGCGAUGCCUCUUUCAGAACAAAAGUGAAAUAUCGCAAUCCGUUGUCUCACGUUUGUUCGUGGGGGUGACUACACCAUGGUUGCUUCAGCAGAUAGUAGAAGGAGCUCCUCCUCCUCCGACAGAAAAGAAAAAAAAGUUUGAACAUCGCUUGUCAAUCUGGUUACCAGUGGUUUUGUUGGCUUCUAAAUUCCAUGUUGGUUGAUAGUUCAACUGCUGUAAACAAUUCAGUCCACUCACAAGAUACUUCAACUUCUUUGCUCCCAAUUCUGCUCCUUUUUUUGUCUCUGUCCUGGCCGGUAAAGGACGCUGACUGUGUUGGUGUGAGUU